GAGGUCUCGUCCAAAAAUGGCUGUGGAGAAACAGUUAUGAAGAUGUGUCGAUCUACUCACCUAAUUAAUGUGGCGCAUGCUCCAAAUUAACCAAGAGUCCUCUGAUCGAGCCGGAGGACAUUUCUGGAAGGCCCUCAGUGUGUCAGUUGCAUCGCUGUCUAUGUAGGAUCAGAAAGCUCUCAGAUUUCAUCAAAAAUAUCUUCAGUUGUCUUCUGAAGAUGAACAAAGGUCGUACGGGUUUGGAACGACAUGAGAGCCCCCUUCCCCUUAUAGGAAGUGAUCAUGUGACACAGCAUGUGCAGGAUUGCAAUCAUUGCCUGACUGCUUUAUGAAGCCGAGCUGUUUCCUGAGCUGUCGUAGACAGGAAAGGGUUACUUUCCAUGUUUCCUGUCCAAUUCCCUCAGCUCCAGCUCCUUUCGGAUCACUUUCUUCAUACUAAACAUUCCCAGGCUCCCAUAACCUCCUGGCUUCCUUACACUGGCCAAGAGAGAUCCCAGGAGAGUGGAGGGCUGUGGAAGGAGAAGAGGAGGAAGAAGAGGAUUGUGGGCCAUCUUGGGACAGCGAAACUGAAGAUUCUUUGGGAUCUUCAGUGACAGUGUGGCAGACAUGAAAACCCAAGAGCACCGCUCCAGCCCUCUGAAAUCACACACACAAAGUGAUGCACGGCCCCACUCCCAAAUGAAGGGUCUCCAGUUUCGCAGCAUUGCCCCCAAAGCCCCAGCAGUGGUUCCAUCAUCUGCAGUUUUAUCCUGCCAACCUCCUUCAGCCCUUCCAGAAGCAUCCACGGCUGUCAGCCCCAAAUCCAUUCUAGUCCCUGCCCAGAACUAUGCACUCAUGCAGGUGGCUGGACAAGAGGGGACAUUCUCUUUGGUGGCCUUACCUCAGACACAACAGCAACAGCCAAUCCAGAAAAACCUUAAGCUGCCUAUUCCUAGAUACCAACCGGUGAGAAGCAAAAGCGCUUCAGAAAAGGGCAGCAGCAAGAUGCCUAGUCCAGCCAAGGUUUCUGCAACCAUACAAGCUCAAUCACCUGCUGUAAAAUCAGACCAGAGUUCAGACCCAGUAUCUGAGCAGCUUGUUAUGAUUGACGCUCCUACUUCAUCUGAAAUCAACGUUGCACCCUUGCUCCCCGGUUCACAGACAGAUCCAAAAACCGAAGCCAGUCCACUCAAAAACCAGCAUUAUCCUUCUGGAAGCUCCCUUGUGAAGAAAAUCUCACCGGUUAAAACCCAAAUAGAGGGUCAACCCUCGGCAGGCAGUGCCAUCACGGUCCUCUCGCCCACUAUCUUUAGCAAAGCUGUUCAGAUCAUCCCAUCUCCACCCAAGGGCAAGCUGCCCAUCCUGCCCUAUGCCAAGGUGAAGAACUCCCUCUUGGCACCAACCAGCCUUGCCAGCACCCCAUUCUCAGACAAACAGAUCGGAGCCAAAAGCAGCCUGAAAAGCCCUCCAGACAACAAAAUCAAGUCCAAUCAAGUUAAAAGUGAAAGCCUAAGCCAAGACCACAACAACACCCAAAUGAAGAAACCUCAGGGCAAGAAACGAGGGAGGAAGAGGAAAACCAUGGAGGAUAUUCUAGCCUUCGAAGCCCGAAAGAAAAGAUCCUUGUCGUUUUUCAGAAGGAGGGUACCUGAGAAACCUCCAACUGGAAUGCCGAAUUCUGCCUCUCAAGAGAAGUUGCUGGACAUAUCCAAGAAGUAUCGGAGUAUUCGUCCCAAGCCGGUACUUGUAAUGGAAACCACUAUUCCACAACUUGUUCCACUUCCGUCCUUGUCAACAUCGGAGAACCUUGAUCAGGACCUCUUAUUAGGACAGCAGAUAUCAAGUGCUCCCCAGUCCUCGAAAGCUACUGAUCAGCAGCAGCAUGUGGUGGGAUCUAAAGGUAGUGGAGGAGUGGUUUACACUGGAAGUCGUCCGCUGCACCGAUGUCCUACCUGCAACAGGUGCUUCCAGUUUAAGCAUCACUUGCAGAGCCACAUGAACAGCCACAGCAACCUGCGGCCUUAUGUCUGCCCAGUCUGCAGAAAAGCCUACGCUCACUCGGGCAGUCUUAGCACUCACAUGAAGCUACACCAUGCAGAAAGCAGACCCCGGAAGAGCCUUUGCUGUGAAUUCUGUGAGAAAUCAUUUGGCUAUGUUGGUGUCUACUUCAGCCACUUGAGAGAGGUGCACAGGGUAAUACUCACCGUUGAACCGUCCAUCAGUCAACAUGAAGAAAACAUGUCUGUGGAAGAGUCUUCAGAAGUUGAUGAACAAGCCUCAGAACAACGCGUCGACCCAGUCGAGCUACAAAUCAAGUGUGGGCGCUGCCAAGCCAUCACCCCUACCUUUGCUGACAUGAAGUUACAUUUGUUAUACGUGCACGGAGAGGAGGUCCAGGUACGACUGAGGGACGGAGCCAUGCGUGGUGGCCGCGAAGCGGAAGAUGAACUGGUCAAACAUGCAGCGCAUUACUGGAGGCAGCUCAACGAGAAACGCAACCUAGUGCACUGUGGCACCUGCGACGAGGAGUUCUUCUCCUUUUCCAAAUUCAAACGCCACCUCCAUUCAGACCAUCAAGAAGCUAGAGAGAGUCAGGGAGAGGAGGAAGAAGAGGAGAUGAUAGGUAAGGAGGGCCAUGUAUUAAGGGGCCUAAGUAAAGGUAUAUCCCUUAGGGUAGGGUCCCAGUUUAACUGCAUCCUUUGCAGUAAGGUGUUUAAUAAGAAACAGGACGUUAUUGAGCAUUGGAGGGCACAGCACAAUUGUGAAAAUCCCAUCCUGCUAUGGGAUGUCCUGGACUUCAAAGGGGAGAGCAAGUUUACUGAUGGGCCAAAUUAACUGCGAA